GACACGUUAUGAGAUAUCAUCUGGGUACACUGCUCCACGGUACUCGGAAUACUGCACACAAACCGUCAAAAUCGUUUUUGUUUACAAUCUGCUACCAAAGUGGUUCUCUCCGUUUUUCUUGUCCGUGUUAAUACGUGUAAAAAUGAACAAAGGAGAUUACUUCAACGUUGUGCAAACAUUAGAGGCAGGGACUCCGAUGCUGUCGGUGGUUCCGCAUCAAUGGAUAGAAGGGAAGUUUCUGUUAUGGCCUGGGAAGAAUGCUAGCGUUAUAUGUAAAGAUGUUUCUUCGAAACCUACUGCUUCUUGGACAAAAAUUCCCUGUAUAGUUAAGAGGAAGUACAUUCCAACAUACGCUGAAGCGGAACAGGAGGCCGCUGAUUUAUCGGGAAUGUCCACAGAUGUAUCAGACUACAUACCGAAGAUAAAACAUGCAAAAAACGCCAAGACUGUUGCAUCCAGAAAGAGUUAUGAUUUUAAUCACCUCAUGGGUAAAUCCGGCUCAUGCUCUCCAUAUUUUCAUCAAGAUGCAUCCACACAAAAUCAACUAAAUCCUCCAGCUGCUGUCUCUCAGCCAUUAGACAGGCUUCGCCUCCAAUCUGAACCUACAAAACCGCCGCAGGACUUUCAAGAAGAAGUGAACCGACGAUCUUCUCAACAAUAUCAACAACCUCAGCCAAUCUUCGAAGUUAUCAAUCAAGAUAACCUUUUGCAGCAGAGCGCAAUGGAAGACAACCUUAUUUCCGGAGGAUACGUACUGAAUGUUGAGCAGCCUGUGAUUAAUGACGAUAUAAUCGUACAGCAGAUUUCAAAAAAAAUUGAAGACGAAUGCAAGAAAACUAAAAACGAAAUGAUCAGUACGUUUGAAUCUAUGCUGGCGAAGACUAUAGCCGUAUUGAAAAGCGAUUUUGAUAUGAAAUUGGCAGCCGCGUUCCGUCUUCGAGAGAACCAGGAUAGAGUAUGUCAUGAAACGAAAUUGGCGAAACCUUUAUCAACAAUUUUGUAA